AUGAGUAAAUCAUCGACACAGAGUUCAUCACCAUCAUCCUCACCAACAAAAGUCGUUUUUCGUCAACUCGGAACGACAACAAAUUCUCAACAAAGAAAUUCGCAUAGAGAAAAUUCACCAGAUAACCAAUUCAGAAUCGGCGAUCGAGUUAGUAUUCAUGGUGCAUCAGGAACAAUAGUAUUUAUUGGUUCGACACAUUUUGCGGAAGGCGAAUGGCUUGGAAUUAAUCUUGAUGAAGCACAAGGCAAAAAUGAUGGUUCACAUGGUGGUAUUCGCUAUUUUGAAACGGAUGCUAAUCGUGGUCUUUUCUGUCGGCCUGAUAAAGUUCAACGUUUAUCACUUAAUGGUUCUUCUCAAAGAAAUUCAAUACUGUUUAAUCAAAUCAGAUUACCUAUCAUAGAUGAAACUGACCAUGGAUUGGAACUAUUAUCGAAUAAAAAUCUUCAAAUAGGUGAUCGAGUAGUUAUUCGUGGAACAAAAUAUGGUAUUCUAAAAUAUAUUGGUAAAAUUCAUGUCAAUGAAGGUAUAUGGUGUGGCAUUAAACUAGAUGGUCCCUUGGGUAAACAUGAUGGUAAAAUUGAAGGGAUACGAUAUUUUCAAUGUCAACAUCGUUAUGGAAUUUUUGCUCCUUUACAAAGUGUUGAAAAAGUCAUCACUGAUACCGAUGAUAUAAGAAGAAUUUCUCGGCAGUCAAUCAUUUCAACAGGUUCAUGUGAUCAAUAUCAUGAUACAAAUAGUCAGGAUUCGAACAUUUCUGAAUUUUCAACAUCACCAAAUAGUUUGCAUUAUUUUCCACCACGAUCACCAAGAAAAUUUCCUCAACCAAAUUUUUCUACCGAUGUAACAUCAAUGGAAACAUUAUCAUCAACACAAAUAACAGAUUUACAUGAAAAAAUAAAAGAAAAAAAUCUAUCUAUUGAAAAAUUAAGCAAAGAAAAUGAAAGAGAUCGUUUAGAAUUGUCGAAUUCUAAAGAACAAAUGAAUCAAAUGAAAAAACAGCUAACAACCUUACAACAACAAUACGAAAUAAAAGAAAAACAAAACGAACAAUUAAUAAAAGAACAAGUUGAAUUAAGACAACGUUUAGAAGAUUUACAAUUUCAACUUGAAGAAUAUCAAUAUUCUGAAACAGAUACAGACCUUUUAAAAAUACCUAUUGAUGAUCAUAAUCAAUUAUUAUCUCGACAUGAAAUUGCAAAUUAUGAACAAACAAAAGAAAAACUUGUUCAACUUGAAUCUAUUAAUAAAAAUUUAAUACAUGAAAAACAAAUAUUACAAGAAGAAUUAAAACAAUCUAAUGAAAUAAAAGAAAAAGAAAAACAAACAAAUAACUUUAUUAAUGAAUUAGAAAAACAAAUUGAAUUACUUAAAUUCCAAAUAUCUGAUCUACAAAAUAAAGAUCAAAAUAAAACUAUUCAAUUGAAUGAAAAAGAUACGUUUUACAAACAGCAAAUCAUCGAAUAUCAAUCAAAAAUUGAUCAAAUCACUAAACAAGAUCAAAAUAUUCGAUUACAACUAACAACAGUAGAACAAGAGAAACAUUUAAAUGAUAAACAAAUUACGAAUUUAUCGGAUGAACUAAAACGAUAUAAAGAAAGUAUUGUUCCUGAUAUGGAAAAAGAAUGUCAAAUACUCAAAUCCGAAUUAGAAAACCGAGAUUCCACUGGUAAUAGAGAACUUAAUGAACGCGAAAUAUAUUAUCAACAACAAAUAAAAGAAUAUCAAGGUAAUAUUGAUCGAGUUACUUAUGAAACAGAAAAAAUUCGAACUGAAUUACGACAACUACAACAAGCAAAUGAUUUAAAAGAGAAAACAACUAAAACUUUAAUUGAUGAAUUGAAGAAAAAUUAUGAAACAGUUCAAAAUGAAUUAAUGGAAUUAAAUGAACAAGAAUAUACAGCAAAAAUGACUUUAAAUCAACGCGAAUCAUAUUAUAAACAACAAAUAAAUGAAUAUGAAAAUAAUCUAAAUCAAGCAAUGCGUCAAACUCAAAAGAUUCAAAAUGAAUUAGUUAAAUUAGAAGAAGAAAAAUCUUCGCAUGAUAAUAAAUCUAAUAAUACAAUUAAUUUAUUAAAACAAGAUUAUGAAAAACAAUAUGAAAUCUUACAAAGUCAAUUAACAAAAUUACAAGAUAAAGAUCAUACACAUAAUAUUAUCUUAAAUGAACGUAUAGGUCAUUAUGAAAUACAAAUAAAAGAACAUCAAAUUAAAAUAGAUCAACAUAUUCGUGAAAUACAAGCUCUUCAAGCUGAAUUAAUAAAUUUACAAGAAGAAAAAUCAAAUGAUGAAGAGCAAUUCAAUGAUACGAUUAAUAAAUUACAACAUGAUUAUGAAACUCUGAAAUUUGAAUUACACGAACGAGAUCAAACACAAACCAUCGUAAUGAACGAACGUGAUGCUCUUCAUCAAUCCCAAAUAAAAGAACUUGAAACCAAGAGAAAUCAAUCACUUGUUGAAAUACAAAAUCUUCAAUCUGAAUUAAUUAAAUUACGAGAAGAGAAAAACACCAUCGAAAAACAACUGAAAGAAACUAUCAAUACGUUAAAACAAGAUCAUGAAAGACAAUAUAAAGAACUUCAAACUGAAAUAGAUGAAUUAAAUGAACGAGAACGUAAAGCACAUAGAACUGUACAUCAACAUGAAGCAGAAUUUGAACAGCAAGUAAAAGAUUAUCAAACUAAAAUAGAAGAAGCCAAUAUCGAAACUCAACAUAUUCAAACUCAAUUAGCUGAACUUCUAGAAGAAAAAUCCAAAUCCGAUGAUACAAAUAGUUCAUUAAAACAAGACAUUGAAAGACUUACAGAUGAAUUGAAAAAUCGAGAUCACACUCAAAAUAUGGCAUUAAAGGAACAUGAAGCUUUUUAUGAACUACGAAUAAAAGAAUAUCAAAUUAAGAAAGAUCAAGAUGUUCAUGAAAUAGAUAUUCUUCGAGCUGAAUUAGCGAAUUUACAAGAAGAAAAACUAUUUCAUGAAAAACAAUUAAAUGAGAUGAUUAUUAAAUUAAAACAAGAUUAUGAAAAUCUUAAACAUGAGUUACACGAACAAGAAGAAAAAACUAUACAUCAACGUGAAUCAGAAUUUGAACAACAAAGAAAAGACUAUGAAGAUAAAUUAGAAGAGGCUAUUCUUGCAAGUCAACAUAUUCAAACUCAAUUAACAGAAUUACUAGAAGAAAAAUCGAAAUUCGAGGAAACAAGCAUUCUAUUAAAACAAGACAUUGAAAGACUUCAAAUUGAAUUAGAAGAUCGAGAUCGUACACCGAAUAUGGCUACGAAUGAACGUGAAGCUCAUUAUCAGGCUCAGAUAAAAGAACUUGAAACCAAGAAACAUCAAUCACUUGAUGAAAUACAACAUCUUCAAUCUGAAUUAAUUAAAUUAAGAGAAGACAAAAACACUAUCGAAAAUCAAUUCAAUGAAACUAUCGAUUCCUUAAAACAAGAUCAUGAAAGACAUUGUAAAGAGCUUCAAACUGAAAUAGACGAAUUAAAUGAACGAGAAGAAAAAACUAUACAUCAACCCGAAUCAGAGUUUGAACAACAAAGAAAAGACUAUGAAGAUAAAUUAGAAGAGGCUAUUCUUGCAACUCAACAUAUUCAAACUCAAUUAACAGAAUUACUAGAAGAAAAAUCGAAAUUCGAGGAAACAAGCAUUCUACUAAAACAAGACAUUGAAAGACUUCAAACUGAAUUAGAAGAUCGAGAUCGUACACAGAAUAUGGCUACGAAUGAACGUGAAGCUCAUUAUCAAGCUCAGAUAAAAGAACUUGAAACCAAGAAACAUCAAUCACUUGAUGAAAUACAACAUCUUCAAUCUGAAUUAAUUAAAUUAAGAGAAGACAAAAACACUAUCGAAAAUCAAUUCAAUGAAACUAUCGAUUCCUUAAAACAAGAUCAUGAAAGACAUUGUAAAGAGCUUCAAACUGAAAUAGAUGAAUUAAAUGAACGAGAAGAAAAAACUGUACAUCAACAUGAAUCAGAAUUUGAACAACAAAGAAAAGACUAUGAAGAUAAAUUAGAAGAAGCUAUUCUUGCAAGUCAACGUAUUCAAACUCAAUUAACAGAAUUACUAGAAGAAAAAUCGAAAUUCGAGGAUACAAGCAUUCUAUUAAAACAAGACAUUGAAAGACUUCAAACUGAAUUAGAAGAUCGAGAUCGUACACAGAAUAUGGCUACGAAUGAACGUGAAGCUCAUUAUCAAGCUCAGAUAAAAGAGCUUGAAACCAAGAAACAUCAAUCACUUGAUGAAAUACAAAAUCUUCAAUCUGAAUUAAUUAAAUUAAGAGAAGACAAAAACACUAUCGAGAAUCAAUUCAAUGAAACUAUCAAUACCUUAAAACGAGAUAAUGAAAAACUUCAAAAUGAAAGAGAACGUAACGAUAACAUGAUUCUUAAUGAACAUGAAUCACAAUAUAAACAACAGAUUGAUGAAUAUGAAAAGGAUCUAGAACUUUCUUCACAUGAAAUUGAAAAUAUUAAAUCUGAAUUGGCAAAUUUACAAGAAGAAAAAGAAUCUAAUGAAAAAGAAUUAAAUAAUUUAAUGAUGACAAUGCAACAAGAUUUUGACAAACAAAUUGAAAUUCUCAAAACAAAAAAUAUUGAAUUACAAAAAUAUCAUGAUACAAAAAAUAACGAAUUAAAUCAAACGGAAGAACAAAUAAAUGAAUAUGAAUUGAAAUUCAAUCACUUAAAUAAAAAUCUUGAAGAACUACAACAACAAAAUGAAAGUAAACUUGAACAAAUAAAUCAAUUAAAAAUUGAACUUGAUAAACAACAUCAAGAAAAUCAAGAACUAACAAAUUGGAAACAGCAAUAUGAACAAACACAAAAUGAACUUAUUCAACGUACGGAAAAUUUAACACAAGUAAAUGAAAAACUUCAACAAGACCUUAAAGAUUUUAAAAAUGAAAAUGAACAACAAUUCACAAAUCAAGCUAUUAACGAAAUGACAGAAAAACAAAUUUCAAAUGAUGAAUUAACAAAACAGUUAAAUGAUCUACAACAAAUGUAUGAUAAUCUUCUUGAAAAGCAAGCUAAUACUGAACAAAAAUAUGCAGAAGAUAAACAAGCUGAGGAAAAAAUUAUGAAAGAAAAAAUUAUUGAAUAUGAAACAAGAAUUAUAUUAGUAAAAAAUGAAUAUAUGGUCGAAAUGGAAAAUGCUAAACUCGACCAUGAACAAGAACUACUUCGAUUAAAAAAUCAACUUCAACAAGCAAAUUCAACCAAGAGAAAAAAAUGA